UUAUUUUUUCUUUCCCUUUUAGAAACACUUUAAUUUCUUUCUCAAACGCAACAAAGAUGGAAGGUAAAAGUUAUCUGGGUGUAGUUGAUUACAUUGUGAUAUGCAUUUCAUUACUGAUUUCAGUAGGUAUUGGACUUUUAUCGAAAUUCAAAGGAAGUAAGAAAAUGACAGCAACAGAAUACAUUCUGGCCGGUAGGAAUAUGGCGAGAAUUCCAGUUAUUCUAUCAGUAGUAGUGACUUUCCUUUCACCCUCUUGUAUACUUUCCGGACCAGCGGAAGUAUACAGAUACGGUUUCCAAUUUGCUAUAGCACCUCUGAUGAUGCCUAUUGGAAUGGUUUUGGCAUCAUGGGUUUUUAUACCAGUAUAUUUCCAGUGUGGAGUAUCAACAGUUCACGAGUUUUUGGAAAUGAGAUUCGGAAGCAAGACAAGAUAUAUUAUAUCAGCCUUCUUCGUCGUACAAAUGAUAUUCCUUAUCGUUUUGAAUCUUUAUGGAGCAGUUUUAGCUUUUAGCGCUGUAACAGACUUGUCUAUAGAACUAUCUGUGAUAUCUUUAGGAGUAAUUUGUACUCUUUACUGUUCUGCAGGUGGUUUGAAAGCUGUUUUAUGGACUGACGUUUACCAAGCUGCACUUAUCCUGGUAUGUUUAACCUCAUUGUAUAUAGCUGGAAUAGGAGACGCAGGUGGUAUAUCUAAAAUAUAUAAUCAAGCCAAGUCAGACAAUCGAUUGGAAAUGUUUAA